AUGACGUUUGAGUAUUCCAGUGACGAGCAAUUCCUGACAACAUAUAAAAGUGUAAGGUGUAUCAUGUGUCACUAAGCUCGCAGUUUCUGCCCGAAUUGAAAGUCACCGACGAACAGAUAGACGAAAUUUUGACAGAGGUGCGGCACGAGUCCUCAGCUCGUCAUCAGGAAUCAGGUAGAAGUUUGGAGCGCAAAGUCAAUAUUGUCAAAAAUUACACACCCCUAGACAGAAAGUCCUUUGUUCUCUCGGUAAGAAAGUGUUCUAGCAUUUCAGAGCCAUAGGCAGUUGACUACCAACCACUGGUCGCAAAUCUACUCCGGAAAAUUAAACAACGGCACUUUGACGUGGAGGAGGCUUUUUCCAUAGUUGAACCCGUACCAGGUGUGUUCCCAUUACCUUGUUAGGUAUUUUAUUGUUGUUUUUUUCGACCUGAAAUAUCCCCGUUCCGCACUAAAUCAAACCUGAGCUCGCAGAUGAUAGACCUCCGGUUGUCUAAAAACCCGUUUAAGUUGUGGCUUGACGAAAGAUGGUUGCAUGCAGUUCCCCAAAUUCUAGGGUGGAGUUUCUAUUCGUUGGUGGAUACAUCACUUUAAGAUUCCAUGAUUUUACUGGACGGCCACUGAAGUCUUAUUGACUGGCGUGCUGUAAUACAACUAUGACCUGUGACACUUCUGUGAGUAGUAAGUUUGCCAUAUCGGUACUCAGUCACGACUGACGACACUACCGUUACAUGGUCCACGACUGCAAGCGGCACUAUAAUCCUCUUUAGACAUGUCAUUACACAGACCAAAAGAAUGCAGUAGUUGGUGGCGGUGUCCAGCGUAGUUUGCUUCAAUCUCACGAGAUUUUUUCCUCUAUCAGGGUCCAAAUCUCCAGCUAAUCCACCUUUUUGCUUGGGGCGGGGAAGUGCGCGGCAAAAUCUUACUUAAUAUCCUCUCCGGAAUUGUCUUAAGUGUCUCGCCCCCGUCCGUGCCACCAUUGGUGGGGGAAUCCAUUUGCCAGAUUCAUCGUGUGAAGUUUCAUGUACUCAUCCCGUUAAAGGCACCCAACUGUGCCUGACCUCACGCUGUCGUCUGGCGUCGCCGUUUGGCUUCGGAAGUAACAUUUUAAAGCCUACUUGUUCGACCAACAGUAGCCAUUUUUUUCUCGAGACGACACUAACGAUUCUUUUUUCUAUUCCAGGAUUGCAAGAGGUCUAUACACUACCGCUCCUAACAGCAGCAUGCCUACACAGAAUAAAUGCCGAACUGGACGCCUUUCUGGCCUCUGGUCUUCCGGUCAGUCGCCCAAACACAAUGAAUCGUCAGGGCAUUUUACUCUGCGAGCUGCCCGGUCAUAUGGCUAGGGCUCACCCCGAAUCACCCUCUGAUCCAGGUGGUGCGGACGUUGAUUUGAUAGGCCAGGGUCUUCUAAGCCCAGUCGAACCAGUAUCACUCCGCUGCCUUCUAGAAUUAAUUUUUCCCGACAUUGGCGGGAAAAUUGACUCCUACAGGGCCUUCACAGUCGAGUACGAGGGUCAAACUGCUGCAGAUCUGGAGGUUGCUAGGGACUCAGGUCUCGCCUACCACUAUGACAACGCUGAGGUCAGUUUUAUCUUCUUAAUACUCAUCUAUUGCAUCGGAUUCGGUUUAGCAAUGGCACUCGGUACUUUAGGAGCAAAGUUUUGCCUAAAACCACUUUUCCCGCAAGUUCCAAAAAGUUCAUAGCUGCAGUGUAAGGUAGGAGAGGACAUUAGGUGACCUGAGUUAAUGUCUGUGCGGACGUUCGCGAGGGACAUGUUGCUGACAGAGGGUGAAUUUGCUUUCGGUUUAAGAGGGUGAACUCUAGUCAAUGAGCGGUGCAUUAAAGUCGCCCAUGCUCAGGACGUCAGGCCGGAGAGUAAAUCGUCCUAGCUCCUCUAACAGACGAGCGUCAGCCUCGGGGUCACUCCUCGGUGGUCGAUAGACGGUCAGAAAUUCAAGGCUGUGUGGUCCUGGUACCCAUAUAGUGAGCCAGAUAGUCCCGGCGGUGCACGCAAACUGUCCUGUUUUACGUAAGUGAUGACUCCUCUUUCCUGACGCCCUCUCCUAUCUCUUCGAAACAACUGAAAGCCUGGUAGCACUACUUGGCGUUCAUCCACGUUUUCAGACAGCCAGGUUUCUGUCAAGGAGACAACGUUGGGGGAAAGGCCACAGAUGUGGAUCUUCAGUUCGUCUAACUCGGGCAGUAUACUCUGCACGUUGGUGUAAAAAUGUUAGUUUCAGAGUUUUGGGGCGUUUGAUUAUGGUGCCACUUGAGUUCCCAUUUAAGGAACCUAUUGUAUCCUCAUUCGGAUCGGUUCCGCCCAACAAAUUAGAGGAGGGCUUUGCACUAUCCGGUCGUUGUAGAUCACGAGAUUCGUCUCGCCAUUCUGCAACCCUGUUCUCUGUUCCAGAACUAAUUGUCGACGCUUUAUUCUCUCUGGCGGUGUGUAGUCCGGCUGAAAAAAGCCGCGGCUGGUGUCUUUGAUUCGGAAUCGUCGUGAAAGAAUAAGUCCUACUUGUUCUUGGUUAGCUAAAACAACCUUGAAUGGUCGGGGACGUGAAUGCUCUGAUAAGUCGAUUGAGCGCUCUCCAAGUCUAAAGGCCUUGGGCAUCGAAACUUCCUCAUUGGGGCGCAGAAGUUUGUUGAGUAGACAUUGGAAGAUUUGCAGGUCUGCCGAGACCCGCUCUUUAAAGGCACUAACUGUGGAUUCGAUUGCUGCGACAAAGACUACAUUGGCCUGAUGAUUCCACUUCCUACUAAUAAAGUUCUUGUUCGAGCAAUGAAAUGCACUUCUUCCCAGCUCCUACUCAGAAAUCGCCUUUUAGCAUGUAUGGCCGGUCGAGGGAUUUACAGCCAGAAAGCAUCUCCCAUGGAACGGCGUCAGACCAUUGACUACAUUUCGUUUGGGGGUGCGCUGCCUCCAACUAUUCCGACAACUUCUGCAAACUGUGCCGAUUAAUAAAUAUUCACUUUACCCUCACAGUACUUCCCGUUCGACCGUAGAUGACAUAAGGGACAUCGCAUAGCACCAUAAAAAGGCUGUUCCAACACGCAGCCCUCCAUUGUUUCACUAAAAUUUAACUUCUCAAAUAUUAGUGGUGUGAAGCAAGCUACCUCUGAACUUUGGUAGUUGGAAACGUAUACGGCCAUGCAGCGAUGCUAACAACUCAAUCGAAGCCAAGCGCUGGUGUAACCACUUUGAGCCUUUUCUCAACUUCUUAUACCUCUCCAGUCCACGCAGCGCCACGUGACCACCCUUCUUAGGGCAAUGCAAUGUCCACCCAAUUGAUGCUAUUCCCAGGGCUUUCACGGUAUUUAGAAGGUUUCUUUGGUCUCGCGAUGACAUCUGCAUCGCCACAAACAUCCGCGUGUACUGGGCAUCCAUCUGGCCAGUCCUUCUCUUCGGUCGUGAAUGUUGGGCUGUGUGCAUGGAAAAAAGGGGCAAAAACUGAGUAUUUUUCAUCCCCGCUGCCCGAGAACCGUUCUUCGAGUGAAGUACACGAAAUUGCUUUCGGAUGAGAGAAUCCACUUGCGCUGGAAUAACAUUACAAAGAUAUUUCAGGCCAUUCAAGAAGGAGGACUCUAAAGUGGUUUGAGUACUUUCUUAGUCAUCCGCCUCAUGAGGUCAGUGUUAGUGUCCUCGAUCUGGCUCCUUAGCCCGCCUGGAGGCAAACCCAAAGCCUGUAUCAAUACAGUUCGCCAAGACAUAAAAGAGUGAUUCUUGAAACUUUGAUAUUCCGUCUCCCUCGCUGGACAGAAUGGGUGGAGUUCUUCAGAUCUGCUGUCGCCUAUCGUCACCCAUGGGGGGGUAUACUUCGCGACAUCAUCGAGGUCGGCCAUAUCAGGCAUCAACAAUACACAAGACUGAGUUCUGAGCUGCGGUGACCCCCCUAUUUAUGUGACCUUUAUGACGUUUCGCACCUUUGUGAGAUCCGAAAGCCCCUGAAUGAGGCUCGGUACACGGCGAGUUGGUGGCGAUGCCGUGUGUAGCAGGCUUGUACGAGCUGUUUCGCCCUGUUAGCCACCGCCCGUGACUCCGCCUCCGGUCGUCUUAUAUUGUGAAUCGUAUGGGCGGAGGGAGUUAGGUGGGCUCAGCACAAGUCUGCUCCAUUUUAAAUAAUUUCACACGCAAGUCGCACCCGGGCAGUAGGGACAGUCCUGAACAACGCCUCCCACAACAGUUCAGCUGCCCCGUGUUUAUGGUUGCAGAUGUUGGCUAAGUUCGUUAUCGGCUGAACAGAGACAGAAUAGGUCCGCAACUCUGUGUGUGCCCCACCACGGCUAUUUGUUCUGAUUCACUGUCACAUAAUGAGGUAUGUGCUUUUAAUUCACACAAAUACAUGCGUAACAAGCACUUGAAAUCUUUGCCUGAUGCACUUUUAGCUCACAGUAAACAUAUGUCUACGCAUGCGGAAGUCCUCCGAUAAGGAUCCGGACCCAGUGAUGGCGGUGCAGGCUAACGCAGACGCCGGAGGCGAAAUCUGCUUUGCGCAUUCAGAUCCUUACUGGAUUAUGCACGAGCCCUGUCCGCCCGCCGCCCUGGUGCCCAACCAACCGGGCUGGGCCUUGCUCCAUCGGGGCAGUCAUGUGCACGGGGCGCAACCCCUGGCACCUGGAUACGUCCGGCGAAAUCUCAUUGUAUGGCUGCGGUCAACUUCUGUGCGCAACAGCCGCUCUCCCUGUCCCCGUUGUAAACUCAGGCCGAAUCUUGUCCCUUUGCCCUAUUGGCUGAAUGGCCAGAUUGUCGAGGGCAAGCAGCCUCCGUCGGAUCAAAGUGUCAUGACUUCUGGUUUUGGUGAUGGCUUCUGGCUUGAGGCACUUCCGCCUCCGUCCCCUUCUCUCUUGUCUCAUUGA